CGUCUGAGUCUUCACAUCUCAGGGGCAGAUAAAGAUGGCGGUAACCAACCAGCUCCUCCCACAGGGUGCUCAGCACUGCAUUGGCACUUGGCUGGGUCACAGCUCAUGGGAGCUAUUAGCCUCGUGUGUCCUUGCUCAAGCCCACCCCUCAGUGUUCCCUACCGUGAAAUGGGGCUGAGUUGCCUGAAGCCCAGGUCCUGCUUGAGAAAGCGCACACGUGGCAUUUCUGGGGCCCUGGAAGAGUGGUGAGGUGUCAGUUCCCCAUUGGUCUGGGCCAGAGGUGGCCCCACGGCGCACGCGUACCCUACCCACAGCUGUGCUCACUGAGCUGGUUCCAGCGACCAUGAGGCUGUCACUGUUGCUGCUUUUGGGAGCCUGGGCUGUCCCAGGGGGGGUUGGGGAUAGGGGCUUCCUCUCCGCUACUGCUCCACAUCUGGAUGAGGAGGAGAAGUACUCAGCCCACAUGCCUGCUCACCUGCGCUGUGACGCCUGCAGGGCUGUAGCCUACCAGAUGUGGCAACAUUUGGCGAAGGCAGAGGCCAAGCUUCAUACCCCAGACUCCAGGGGGCGACGGGCGCUCAGUGAGUCGGAAUAUACAGAGGUCCUGGACCUCAGCUGCUUGCAGAACUGGCAGGACUAUGGGGUCCGAGAAGUAAACCAGGUAAAACGUCUCACAGGCCCAGGUCUUAGCCAGGGGCCAGAGCCGAGUAUCAGCGUGAUGGUCACAGGAGGACCCUGGCCCAACAGGCUCUCCAGAAUGUGCCUGCAGUAUCUGGGAGACCUUGGGGAAGAUGAGAUCUACGAAGCCCACCACCGAGGCCAAGAGGCUGUGGAGGCAUUGCUAUGUGGCGGGGCCCGGGGGCCCUGCUUGGCAGAGGCACCAGUCUCUAGGGAAGAGCUCUAGUCCACAACUCCUCCUGGCCCUGAAGAGAAGCUGGACCUCCUCUGAAUCUUUUCCACCGAAGCUGGAAGCGGGGUGGGGGGUGGCCUGGCUCAGAGCUGUCACUUUCGUCUCUCCUCCGCUCCAGGGAACUGAGGCCUGGGAGGGACAAGACUUUCCUCUUUGGAUUCAAAUAAAACCCGGUGACCUGGAUGUCUCUCUGCAAAA